UGCACAAAUGUUCCCAAUUUCCAUCUUUUAUGAACAUCAGUUCCUGACAAUAAAACUUAUUUGGUAAAAACAAAUAAUUAAAAGCUUGAAUACCCCAUGACAGGACAACUUUUACAUAAGAGUCACUUUUUGAACAAUACUGAAUUAACAAAGUCAAGAUACACGUUGAAUCCUAAGGGUCUUCUUUGUAUUUUUAAAACUUAUUUUUAUAAAGAUAAUAAGUGAUUUUGAUUGACAGUGUCUUAAGAAGCUAACAACCCAGAAUAUGUAAGAUAACAGCUCAUACUUCAGAUAACAGUGAAAGAUAAAUUUAAGAAUUUUUAACUUCCUUGAUAAUCAGUGUGUAGUGAAGGAUAUUCCAAGCCAGAGAACCGAUUUUGACACAAUGCCGACACGUUUUUGUAUAAUGCUGCUACUUUUACAACCUACUAUCAUCAGAUGCAUUGAAGAAUUUAAUCUUAUUGAACGUAUCAGAACCAACGUAACAACAAGCCAGUCCAGUACUUAUUCUCCAUCCAAUAAUCCACAAGAUUUUAACUCAAGUAAAGCAAUAGACGGGGUACAGAAUUAUUCAGUAGAUACAUGUAAAUGUUGCAGUGUAACAGACGGGGUCUCUCCUUCAUGGUGGCAAAUUGAUCUUAAACAGAAAUACUUAAUAGGUUCUUUGCAGAUAUUUGGACGUGCAGCAAAUCAUAGCUGGCAAUUGGAAAAUGCAACAAUUUAUGCUGGCAAUGUAUCAAUGAAGUCAGGAAUAGCUUCAUAUAAAAUGAAGAUUUACAACGUUCCAUCGAUGGAUGCUAGGACACGGAAUUUUACGAUACGGUUCGACGCAAUUAUCGCACAAUUCUUCAUAGUAGAAUUGAACCAAAAAGUGUUGACGUUAUGUGAAUUCACGAUAUAUGAGAAAG